ACACAUUGUCACGGUCAGCAGGUGUCCGGAAGGAAGGGAAACGCUGGUCCAGACUUCGGCUCCGAGUUGACCGCUGCUUUAGGGAAGCUUUUGAGCGCUUAUGGAACUAAUUGAAAAAUGGAAGCUAUGGGGAUUUGGUGUAGAGAAAAACAGUUGGGUUGCUCCAAAGGAGGAAGGCUGGAAAUCUGCAUGCACUACUCCCUUCCCAGGACCCUCUGCUGCUGCUUUCCAGGAUUCUGAUUAAAAUGCAUCAGACCCUCCAGGCUACCAAGCACCAACUCUACCAGAUCAUCACAGCACUUAUCAUCUCUACAACAAACAGACAACUACACAACAAAUUAUAGUUACUGUUACAUGCCUGGCAGGCUGUUUGUUUCUUUUUCCCCUCCCCCUUUGUUUCUUCACAGGUACUAGGGAAAGCUGGUGUCAAUCUCCCCUGAUUGAUCCUCAUCAACUGUGGGCCAAUCAGCAUGCAGGGAGGCCUUAUUUAAGCAGCCCAGCUGGAGAGAGCGGCCCGGCUGGCUUUGUUACCUGACGCAUUUCUUGUUGCUCUUUGUGUGAAGGUUUGUGGUGGGAGUUAGAGGGCGAGGUAAGUUUGGGGUACCCUGUACAUUUCAUCACGUAGGUGUUUUUUCUGUUAGAUACACUAGGUAAGGAGGUGGGUGCCACCCAUGUAAAGUUUUGGUGGAAACUUUUGUUAGAUAAAAUAAGGAGGGUUUUUGUUUUCUUUUUGUUUCUUUAGUUCAGACGGUAGUUAGGCCCUGUUUUGUUUUAUUAUUUUCUAUGAUUUGGCACCCCCCUAACCGCCCCUUUCUCCCCCACAGUUUGUGUGAGCCUUCCGGGAUUUUCGCCAUCAAUAAAUCCUUUUUUUUUUUACAACAUUCACCUGGACUCUGUCAAGUGAUUGUGGCUGUCGUGUUACUCCCCUCCUCAUAAAAAGGGGGGGGUCUGUAACAAGUGGGGGCUCGUCCGGGAUAUCUCUUUUCCCUGAGCUGUAGACAUCCAUAAUAAUUUGAGAGAUCCUUGUGUCUGUUUAGAAAUGAGCUUCAGCUUAGAGGAUUUUGUACAGGCUCCUAGCCAUGUACAGCUGGAAUUGUGUCGUAAGGACGACUUGUUAUGUCUGGCUGAGCAUUUUGAUAUUUCAGUGAAAAAACACUUUUCAAAAGCUGAAAUUAAGAACAUUGUUGUUCAAAAACUGGUUGAGAUUAAAGUCCUGGUGGACCCAAGUAAAAUGGAUGUAGAUGUUUGUGAUGUUCCUUCUGUUGAUUUAGAACUCCCUCCUUCAAAAGAUGAAGGUGUUGCUGUAAUGGCAACGCCAUCAAGGGGGUCGGCAGAGCCACAGGCGCCCCCUGCGACUUUACCACGGUUCGAUCCAGUGUCACCAGAGCUCAGUGGCUCCAGUGGUAAUGUCAGACUCAAGGUUCGGCUGGCUCGCCUACAGCUGGAGGCACAGGAGAGGGAGUUGGUAAGAAAAGCUGAGUUUGAUUUCAAACUUGAAAUGCGCAAGUUGGAAAUUGAAGCUGAAAAAGAGAUUAAGCUUAAACAGCUGGAGGUAGAAGCUCUGAGACUUUCAUGUGGCAACGCGCCUCCUCGUUCAUCUGUGUACUCUGAUUCUCCACAGGUGGUGUCGGACAAAAACAAGUUUGAUGUCAGCAAGAAUAUUACUUUGGUGCCUGUGUUUAGGGAGUCAGAAGUGGACUCUUACUUCAAUGCAUUUGAGAGGAUUGCUGUGGCACUGGAGUGGCCAAAGGAGGUGUGGGCUGUUCUAUUGCAGUGCAAGCUCAUAGGUAAAGCGCAGGAGGUUGUUUCGUCACUGUCAGCCGAGGAGGGCAUGAAGUAUGAGGUACUGAAAAAGUCAAUCUUACGUGCUUAUGAACUUGUACCUGAAGCUUACAGGCAAAAAUUCAGGAACCAUAAGAGGUCUAGUGGCCAGACCUAUGUGGAGUUUGCACGUGAGAAGGGACUACUUUUUGAUAAAUGGUGUGCUGCAAGUGAGGUUAAAAGUGACUUUGAAUCCCUCCGCCAACUAAUUCUGUUGGAAGACUUCAAGAACACAUUGCCGGAGAGACUGGUGGUUUUCUUGAAUGAGCAAAAGGUGGCCUCUUUGUCUAAAGCAGCCAUUGUUGCUGAUGAGUUCAUGUUGACCCACAAGAAUGUAUUUGUGUCUGUACCUCGUGCAGAUAAAGUUUUGAACAUUCGUCAACAAAAACCUGACCCCACUCAGUCAGAAGCUAAGGCUAAGCAGCAGUCCCUUUCUCCACGAGAGGUAAGGGAGUGUUUUUACUGUCAUAAAAAAGGCCAUGUCAUUGCUGACUGCCUUUCAUUAAAGAGCAAGGCUUUGGCAACACAGACAAAAGGUGUUGGGUUGCUUAAAAAUGUGUCGCACUCCAGCAACCAAACUGCUAAAGAUGAGAAUGAACUAGAUCCCUGUUUCAUACCUUUUAUUACCCAGGGUCUUGUUUCUUUAACAGGGGAUCCAAAGGAUGGCCGACAAGUCAAAAUUCUGAGGGACACAGGUGGUUCCCAGACAAUCAUUAGGGAGGGUAUUUUGUCCUUACCUAUCAUGUCAUCUUGUCAGUCCAGAGUGGUUGUUCAAGGUAUUGGAAUGACCUUUGUAUCUGCACCACUGCAUAAUAUCCACCUUAACUCAUCUCUUGUGAGUGGUUUUUGCAGGGUUGCUGUUCUUCCCACCUUGCCCAUAAAGGGGAUUGAUCUCAUUCUAGGAAAUGACUUGGCAGGUGGAAAGGUAUUGCCUGUGCCUGAGGUGUUGGACACACCUGAUACAAGUGUGGUCUUUGAACCAAUGCCUGACAUUUUUCCUGCUUGUGUGGUUACGCGGGCCCAGUCCAAGAAAUACAGUCUUGAUUUGUCUGACUCUUUUCUUGCUACAGAGCAGACUCAAUCGGCCGGAUCAGAGACGGAACUCAACAAAUCUAAAAAUUUAUUUCCUCUUCCAGGUCCAGAGAUGAUGGAAUUACCAGCUUCCAGGGAGGAAUUCAUCGCUGCUCAGAAGCAGGACAUGACUUUGUUAAAAUGUCAUUCUUCUGUUCUUACCCAGGAGGAAGCCCAGGGGAAGAAGGUGGCAUAUAUGGUUGAUGAUGGUCUCCUGUUGCGACGCUGGGCUGGUGAAAACUUGGAAGACUGGAGUACCAUAUAUCAGGUGGUUGUGCCAACAAGGUACCGCAUGCAGGUGCUCGCAUUGGCACACGAUCACCCACUGUCGGGGCAUCUGGGUAUAAAUAAAACUUAUAACAAAGUUCUCAAACACUUCUUUUGGCCAGGUCUCAAAUCUGAUGUUUCGCUUUAUUGUCGUACUUGCCAUGUUUGCCAAGUUGCAGGCAAGCCAAACCAGGUUAUACCUCCUGCUCCUUUGUCCCCAAUUCUAGUUGUGGAUGAUCCAUUUGGAAGGGUGAUUGUAGAUUGUGUGGGGCCUUUGCCAAAGUCUAGAAAUGGAAACCAGUUCAUCUUGACUAUAAUGUGUGCUUCCACCAGUGCUUGCCUCACCUAUAGGUCAAGGCAAAAAUAAAAAUAAAACGCGCAAAAUUGGCCUGGUUUGAUCUCAUUGAAGAACAAACGUAUGAGGGUCAGGACUUUGUCAUGCAGUGGAACAUCUUUGUACCUGUAGAUUUAAAAAUCAAUCAAAAAUAUGUUUUUAAUUGUUUUCCACAUAGUCUGUUUCUUUUAUGCAAUGCAUGUAUGUGACUUCUUAAAGGUGUUUUGAUUUUCUCUCUUUGUUUUGGUCACCUUUGGAUAUCCUUAUCUACAAACGGUGCUGUUGAAAUAAAAUCGCCUUGCCCAAUAAUAA